AUGGUGUUUACCAAUUUUCAACUUUUGCUUAUCAAAGAAAAAAGUCUGUUAUUUUCUAUGGGAAAACUGCAAAAUGAAAAAAAUUCACUCAGACUUUAUUAUUUUUUUUUUCAAAAAGUGGCGAAUCAUUUCAUUUUU